CUGUAGCACAUGCCACGUCACGUGACUUGACCGCUGUACAAUGGCGGAACAAGUCGUUAUUGAGAAAGCGUCCUCUUUUAUGGACCCCUUUAAAGGCGUCUUGUUGACAUAUUUGAUACCAGAAUCGUGCUACGAUGAGCUUUUUCUCAAUUUCAAUUUCCUACACGUACCAUGUUUGAAGAUUUUACUCAGCAAAGGCCUGGGGAUCGCCAUCAUCCUGGGAUCGAUGAUGGUGAAGCUGCCUCAGAUCCUGAAGAUGAUGGGCGCAAAGAGCGGCGAGGGCCUGAGCUUCCAGUCGGUGCUCCUUGAGCUGCUGGCUAUCACGGGAACGAUGGCCUACAGCAUCGCCAACAAGUUCCCCUUCAGCGCUUGGGGCGAGGUGCUCUUCCUCAUGCUGCAGACAGUCACCAUCGGCUUCCUCAUUCAGCACUACGGAGGGAGGAGCGGCAGAGGUUUCCUUUUUCUGAUCGUAUACUUUGGUCUGCUGGUCGUCGUGCUGUCUCCGGUCACCCCUAUGUCGGUGGUAACCACCUUGCAGGCCUUCAACUUGCCUGCCGUCAUCGUCAGCAGGCUGAUUCAGGCAGCCACUAACUUCCGCAAUGGACACACGGGCCAGUUGUCUGCCAUUUCUGUCUUUCUGUUGUUUGCUGGGUCGCUGGCACGCAUCUUCACGUCACUCCAGGAAACGGGCGACGCGCUGAUGGCCUUCACCUACGUUAUCUCCUCGGCCUGCAACGGCAUCAUCGCCCUGCAGGUCCUCUACUACUGGAAUAGCUCGGCAGAGCGCAAGAAGAAGAAAAAGAAGAAGAAGCGAGAGUAGGCAAAAGAAUUCCUCCACAACCGCAGAGCAACUCUCACCCUCAAAGGUAUUUGGGGGAAACUUGACGAGAAACAGAGCAUGCCCAAAACGAACAACAACAAAAAGAUGAAAACCACAAAAUGACAUUCCUCGAGUUGAAAAAGAAUUCCGAAUGUGAUCAUAAAUAAAACUGUACAAAUCCAGACUGA